AUUCUCAAUUUAACGUAAACAACUAGGUGGUAUUUAUUCCAAGACAGUAAAAAAUAACUUACUAAUGAAGGACGUUCGGAUAUUGUUGGUUGGUGACCGUAAGUAAAUGUAGCUUCUUGUUGUUUUGGACUUACGUAACAAUAAGCAGAAGUAAGUCAUACGUAAAUAUAUAUGUAUUUAUGUUCUUUGAAAUGCGUUAUAUUACAGCUCAAGUUGGAAAAACGUCGCUUAUUCUGUCGCUUGUAAGCGAGGAAUUUCCUGAAGAGGUAAGCUAAACAAGGCGCGGUAUAUCCAAAAAGGGCACGACGAAGCUGAUCUUCUGUCAUUAUAUAUAUCUGUUAAAGAUCUACAUUCGAUCCCUGUUUAUUUCAUGUCUCUCUUGGAAUGAACAUGCAGAGACCAAUUCAUAACACAGGGAAUGCUUUAGUUGCUUCCUGUACACCUGUGAUUGCACAACUUGUUAGGUGCCGAGGAAAUGAACAUUGACAAUCUGCCGCAGUUAUUAUUUCCUCUACGUCUGUGACAAUUCGUCUCGUAGCACAGAAGAUAAGUUAUUCCCAGGUCUGUUACCGUGAGAGGAAAGGGAGCUCUUGAUUUCUCUUUACCCUAAGGAAAAACAUAUUGUAUGAAAUUUUUAUUUACAUACAUGUAUAAUGUUUCAGGUUAUAGGGUAACUGGCGUGGUGAGGGAGAAACAAAAAGAUUGGGGAAAUUUGUUAUUGAGCUUCUUUUAUUGAUAUUUGAGCAAAACUUUCGUAUGAUAGUUUCAAUGGCUAUCACCAUGAGUCUGUUUACUUGCUUUCCUUAGUACUCUUUCCUUCCAGCUAGUCUUAGGAACAGCAAAAAAUGUUUACAUUCAACCUACUUUGCUGCUAAUGAGUUAUCUCAUUUAUAAUUUUUGAAGGUCCCUGCGAGAGCAGAAGAAAUCACCAUACCAGCUGAUGUGACUCCUGAAAAGGUCCCAACACAUAUUGUGGACUUUUCUGGUCAGUAGAAUUGUGAUCAUACAUCUGAGAAGGGAGGGGAGAUCUGUGAAGUGCUGUGGAAACAUAAGGAAAUGCAAGGGUGUGUGCGUGAUGGGGGGGGUUGGGUGAGGCAGGAGGGUGGGAAAGGUAGGGUAAAACAGUGUGGUAAAUGAAGGACAUCCUGACCCCUUCUCCCUUCACUAGUUUGUUAUCCUUACCACACCUCUCUACUCAAUUUUUUUACCAGCCCCAUGCUGUCCUCAAUCUUACCAAUCCAAUAUUAAGGCAAAAAGCUAGUCAGGGAGAUUUCAGAUAUGUCCUCCUGGAAAAAGAUGUAAUUCCUUUUAUUUUGUCUUUUGAAGAUGGGUACCCUUUUUUUUUUUACCAGACCUUGAUCAGUCAGAAGAUAUGCUGAUUGAUGAGAUUGUGAAGGUAAUAUUCAAAACAUGGAUAAUCGUGCACUAUUAUACAUGAAAUGUACAUUUUAAAAUCUUCCUUUGUAGCAUUCCUUUAGAGUUCUAAGGGCAAAUGUUUCGCUAUUCAGGGAAUGAUCAUUCAUAACCAAAAUGCAAUCCUGUAUUUUUUGGUUUUGAUGGCAACCUACCCUUUUUAGCCCUUUCACUUUCACUCCCCUAAAUUGAUGUUUUUUUACUUCUCCUCAUCUUUCUGCCUGAAAAUGUAUUGAUAGUGAAAGGAGAAAUUCAUUUUUGGUCAUUCCUCUCUAGGUAAAGGGUUAAUGAUCAAAGUUUUGUCACAGUUAUAUGUGACUCCAAACCUAUUGUUGGAUGUGAUAAUCAUUUAGAAAUUCAGAUAUUUAUUUCAUUUUUUACGAGAAAAAUAUGAUAAUUAGUCACAGUCCAAUAUGAUUUGACAGGCCAAUGUUGUGUGUGUGGUAUAUGAUGUCACAUCAGAAGGAUCACUUGAAAGGGUAAGUGUAAUCUUAUGUCAGUCUGCAUUGAAAAAAAAAAUAAACAUUUCCUAAGCAUUAGAUUAUCUAAGUUACUUUAGAUCAAGAUUAUACUUUUGUCCGUAUGCCCUAAACUUCCUCAAACACUUGACAAUACAUACUUUUGAUAGUUUUCCAGAUAUUCAUAGGAUGUAAUGGGAAGUUCGGUUUGUCAGCAGUGAAAUGAUCAACAUGAAAAUAAUUAUUGAAUAGAAAGCAACAAAGUUUUGUUUAGGUUCAUCAUUCAUGAAUAUGAAUCUGAUCAUACCAUUAAAUUAUGUAAAUUUAUUUUGAACUGGGGUUGAAAAUCAAGGUAAACAAUAAUCCUGGCAGGUGAGCUGCAAUCUAAAUAAUUGCAGAAAAGAAACCUGAACAACUCUGGACUUUGACAGGAUUCAAACCCAGGCCUCCCGGUUAUUAGUUGGGUGCUACCUACAAUUAAGGUAUGAAGCCAUAUGCUGGGACUGGGGCACAUUAUAGACUAAGGGUUCUUCUUUUGCAUGGAGGAAUCUGAAUCAUUGACAGUGAAUAUCAGUAUACAUAUUGUCUAUACUGUUCUUUACAUUUUCUAAAGUACUGAUAAGGAGAAUUUGUUUAACAAUCAAGAGCUCCUUUGGUUGGUGAUCACUUCCUCCACUCUUGUGACAGUAAAAUUUAAUGCAGGGAUGAUGUGGCAAGGAGAAAUUAGAUGCAAGUCAUUCUAAGGGAUCCAUGAAUUAAGGGAAAGCCUAUUUAAUAGAAAAAUCCAUGAUGGACAUAAUAUAUUUAUUUACAAUAAGCCAUUUGCUCCACUGUCAACUCACGCUAAACCACUUGAUAUGAAUGUGUGUGGGUUUGUUUGAACAGAUUACAUCUUAUUGGUUGCCGCUGAUAAGACAAACUGGAGAGGAAGAUAGUUCAAAGCCUGUUAUUAUUGUUGGAAACAAGGUAGUUUAAUUGGCAUGUUUUUAAGUUAUUGCUUUUAUGAUUAAGACUGCUCUUUGAUUUACUUCAGGCCCUUUUUGAAGGUUGGGAGGGGAGGGAGUUCAUGGAUGUGUUUUAAUGUCAAAGAACUUUGCUUAGGUUGCGUCAAAUGUUGAUACACAUGGAUACAAAAGAGAACAUUAGAAACAACCUCAACCAAUUGGCUCUAGUACUUUUCUUUAUAAAUAUAGUUAUAUUAAUUGAGUAACAUUCUAACGUAACACUACAAUUACAGAACCCUUGUCACCAUUGUUGAAACACUUGGCAAACAAACAAUAACACCAUACUGAACACUAUUUUGAACACUGCUUUGCCCUUUGCCUCCAUUUUAUAUGUAAGUUACAAGGUACUUUUACCCAAAUUUUCUUUCAAAUGAGUUGUUUUAAAGUGUUAUAAUGUAUUUUUAUUAUUUGUAUUUUUUGGUUUACAGUCAGACCUUAUGGAUGGAAGUACAAUGGAUGUAAGUGUACAUGGGCUAAAAAUAUACAUGGUUGUUACAAAGAGGUCCUUAGGAACCUGAAUUUGAUUAUGAGGGUGAUUUUCACAGUGAUGAACACUACUUAAGCAGUAGUGAAAGUAAGGCUUGGAAAGUUGAAUGCAUGACCUCUACGAUACCAGUGCAGUGCUCUACCAACUGAGCUAACAAGCCAACUGGGAACUGGUCAUUUUGUUGGUUCAUAGUAAAACUGUGAAGUGAUGAAUUAAUAACUUUGAAGAUAUGAAUAUUAUAAUUAUUUAUGUGAACUGCAGAUUGAUAAUUUAAAAUGAAUAUGAUAGUGAUCUUUACAUAGGCCUGAGGAUAUAGAGGAAUAAUUCAUGGUAAUCACUAAAGAUGAAAGUAAAAUGUUUGAAAUAUAAAAGGUGACUCAAGAUUUAAUUUUUGAAAGCAUUUGAUAGGCUACCAUAAAGUCCUUGAAUUAAGAAAAUUUUGCAUUACUCUUUUGUAUCAAAAAUGAAACAAAAAAAUGGCAGGUCAUUGUAUGCUUGAGAUGUUUUUAGUGUUUAGUAAACCACUCUGAUGCAUCAGACAUCUGUUUGUUUCUGUGGCAUGAAAUUGUGUUGAAAGUGUCUUGUAAUUUGUUCAAGUCUUAUGAAAUUAUUUCAACUAGUUCCUUAUGUAACUGCAUUGUUCAAGGGGAAAGUAAUCUGUAAUUUAACUCUGAUGAAGGGGUAAUGCUCUCAACAUCAGGUUGAGAAACUCUUUAUGGUGGCCAGUUUAUGUGAUCAACUUGGUUGAUUAUAUCAAAUUAUCAUGUAAUUAUACCAUUUUGAUCUAGUUGGUAUAAGUAUUUGUGAUGUUCUUUUUUUUUUAAUAGACUGUCUUACCAAUAAUGAAUGAUUACACUGAAGUGGAAACUUGUGUUGAGGUGAGCAUCUGGCAGUUGCAAAAGUUAAAUUAUUCACUUGAGAUACUAUAAUGAGUCAUUACUAUGGUAGGUUAAAGACAAACCUUAUAAAAAUGUGGCAAUUGUGUUUUGUACUUCAGUGCUCAGCAAAGGAUCUGAAAAAUAUAUCUGAGAUGUUUUACUAUGCACAGAAGGCAGUCCUCCAUCCUACUGCUCCUCUCUUCUCUGCUGAAACCAAGGAGGUCCGUAUCAACAGUAGGUUCCUCCUAAAAAUGAUUAAUUUAUAAUUGAACAAAGUACUUUUUAAACAAACAUUGAAUACUCAGAAGAUAAUUAUGAUGAAUAAGUAAGAAAUCUGAAAAAAAGGAUGAAUAAGAGCAGUUAUGUGGUAUAUUUUUUAACCUUUGGAUUGUGAGAAUAGCCAUGUGAAAAAUUGUGUGGAUCUGCAUCAAUCUACUUUUUUCUGCCAAUUAUUAAGAAACAGUUGUUCAUUUUUGUUGUCUUGUUUGUUGCAGUUAAAACCAUUAUGCCAGGCUGCUCUCACAAGAGUUUUUAAGGUACCUUUAUGAUUUCCUCUGUAUAAAUUUAAAUUUAUAAUAUUUUUGUCUUUAAUUGGCAAUUAAAAAGAAAUGACACUUACAAAACUUAUUCCUUCUUUCAUUUUGUAGAUAUCAGAUAAGGAUAAUGAUGGCUUACUGAGUGACAAUGAAUUGAAUGAGUUCCAGGUUAGUUAGCCCUGAUUGGUUUAAAACUUAUUGUGUGUUGCACUGAUAAAGCCACAGAAAGUUGAGGUUUAUUUUUUAAUAGCAAUAGAACACACUUUCUAUCAGUUUAGUGGUGUUAACAGCCCUCGUAGGAGAACACUUAAAAAAGUGUGUAGACCACUUGCCCCUGGUUUGUAAUUUUUCUGUGUGGCUCUACAGCUUUUUUGAACUAUAAGCUCUGUCAAUCAAAGAGCCACUCUGUGGAUGUCACUAUGAUCAUCACUUCUCUUUGUUUUUAUUAUCAUAAACAUCUGAUUGAAGCCAGAGGAUGGGAACAUGGGCUUUUACCAUUUUUUGAACCAUUGUAUUGGUCUUAAUCCUCUCUCUGUUACAAUUUAUCCAUAGAAUCGAUGUUUCAAUACCCCUCUGCAAGGACAAGGUUUACAAGAUGUUAAAAAUGUAGUCAGGAAGAAUGUUGAGGGAGGAUUACAAGAUGGUGGACUUACAUUAAAAGGUAACACACAUAAAGUGGUCCAGAGUUUUUUCCUUAGACUAACCCUCAUGUUCUUAUACAACUGUAGAAGCUUUUGCCUACAACAUGAACCCAAACAUCUCAUAGUGAGCAUUUCCACCCAGACAUGGUCCAUAACAUUAGCUUUGGGUACUAUUUGACAAUAUUCACCUCACUUUCAAUCAAUAAUUGUUAAGCAUUUUUUGUAGGUUUCCUGUUUCUUCACACACUCUUUAUCCAGAGGGGGAGACAUGAAACAACAUGGACUGUUCUCAGAAAGUUUGGAUAUGGUGAUGAUCUUAAGCUCAGACCUGAUUAUUUGUGUCUUACGUAAGUUGACAUGAAUUUGUUAGAUUGUAUUAGGUAAUGACUAGUUUUCCCUCAGCAGUGGUAACAGCAAAAGGCUUGAGAGAAUUGGGUAAUAAAUUAAAUGAUAUUUUCACAAAGAACUCAAUUAGUUGUGAAUUCCAGAGAAAUCAAGCUUUCCAAAUAUUUGAUAUUGUUACAGGAUUGACAUGGGGGCAGAUCAAACAGUGGAAUUAUCAGAUGCAGGAUAUCAGUUUCUUAUUGACCUCUUCCAGAGACAUGACAAGGUGUGUAUGAAUUCCACUGAGAGUUUGCAAGGCAUGAUUGUACAGGUAAAGGGAGACAGUAUAAUACUGUGUAAAGAUAAAUUAUGAUAAGAAUUGGGACUCACUGGAGUUGAAUUUUGCUUGAUUUAUUGAAAAAAACACUAGGCAACUGAUAUUUAAUUUCAUGAUUUCUGUUGCCUAUGGACCAAACUUGCUCAUGUCACUGUAGAUUGCUGAAAAUCAAGGAACAUCUAUUUCCAGUGAUUAUUAUGGGUUGUUUAAAGAUAGAGCCCCUCACAAUGACCAUGAUUCCAGGAUUAACUAACACCUUUAUUUGUCUCUAGGAUGAAGAUGAAGCCCUUUCUCCUGAGGAACUUCAAGUGAGUUGAGGAAAAUAAUAAUGAUGAGAACAAAUUGAGACAGUUUUUAAAAAUGUAAUAUUCAUAAUAUGGUAGAAAAAAGUUUCCAAAUGUCAGAUUGUUUUCUGUUUUCUGCUUUAGGCACUCUUUGGUACCUGCCCAACAAUGCCUUGGGGUGAAGAUGUUCUUGGCUCUGUUGAAACUAAUGCCAAUGGAUGGAUAACUCUCCAAGGAUUUCUAGCUCAGUGGGCGUAAGUGUUACUCUGAAUUCCUCUAUUCAACCAAAUGUUUAAAAAAAGGGAUAAACUGUGAGGCAAAUAUAUGAAGAAAGAAGCAGCUUGACAUGGGUAGUUUGUGCUUUGAUGCUGUGAGACAGAGACAAACAUCAAGGAAGCCACGGGGGAUGUCACUUAUCUGUUGACUGGGAAACAAAUGAACAAGGCUAAAUCCUGAUAUUCAUUUUGUUUGCAUUUUUCAUUCACUGGGGUGAAUUUUUAAAAAUUUUGAACUUUUGAUGCAUCAAUAAUGAUGACUAUUCUGUUUAAAAAAAAAAACCUACCAGACAGUCUACCAAUUAAUGAAGAGCACAAAAAAAAAUUACUUCAGCGAAUCUCUUGUUUUCUGUCAUUAUUUUUUUUUAACAAACUUGCAAUUUUUGCAUUUCCCUGAGGAAUAUUUUUUCCUUAUCAUUUGCAGGCUAACGACUUUCUUGGAUUACACUAGAAUGUUAGCAUAUUUAGCAUUUUUUGGUUACAUUCAUCAGGAAAUUGAAGCUUCCCUUUCUACCGCAAUAACAGGUAAAAUAAAAAACACACACUGCCUCACAAAGCAUAUACUUUACUCAGCCAGUGAGAAAUAUUAAAGUAAUUUUUCAUAUAUCUGGAAGUGAAAAGUGUUGUCAGUCAAGGGCAUUCUUGCGUCAACAUAAGUGUAAUUUUUUAACCAAUUUUCCUUUUAAACAUCCAUGAUUUCAGUUGAUGUUUAGAUGAAUGAAAAUAAAGCUGUAUUUACUUUAAAACUGAACAAAUCAAAAAGUUUAACAAUAACCCUCUGACUCCAUGUUGUCUACGAACAACCAAGGAACAAAAGUAACUGAUUUCAAUAUCAUCCCUGAAUCACACAUUAAGAUCAUGAGAGUAAAUAAAAUGAUCACCAACUAAAGAAGCUGUUGAUUGUGAAAAAAAAUUCUCCUUGUCACAGAGAACAGUCUGCCUGCUGAUAUCAAGGUGUAAAGGAUGAAAGAAACUGUUUUGACUCCAGAGUGAUAUUAAGGUUACUAAUAGACAUUGUCAUAAGCACUUAACUAAAACCCAUUUGACCCAGAAGUAUUACUUAUAAUUAUGUCAUCCUGCUGCUUUGUAGACAGAAAAUUAACUCAACUUGAUAGUCUACUAACUAAUGUUUUCUUGAUUUUUUUUCCAUCUAUCUCUUCCAGUCUGUUCCCCUCUUCCUUUUACUCUGGUCUCUUCUGUCUCUCGCCUCAUUCAGAUGCGAAAAAAGUUACGACUUUUACCUUCCUCUUACUCUCAGUGGGGCCAAGCAAAAACUCAACUGGGUAUUUACUACUUGUCAAAAACGUUUGAUCCGGAAGUAAAUUUUGUUGUAAAUUCAAUAACCUUAAAACAUUUAAAAAACUGAUUUAAGUGUGAUUAUCAGUCAAGUAAUCUAUUUACUAUUUGAGGUGAUAAUGGCAAGAGUUGAGAAACUUGAAAAAAACACACUUUGAUAUCGGUUCUGUUCUUUUCAUUCCUGUUUCUUUACUUUUCUUUUCCUUUUAUCCACUUUGCUUAUUUCUUUUUUAUUUCUUCUGUUCUUCAUAAGUUUUGUGUAUGCUGAACAAUUAUUGAUUUCUGUUAAUUUUAAUUUGAUUUUGCUUUCAAUUAUCCGUUCAUUUAUUCAUCUGUUUCAUUAUUAUUUUGUUUCAUGUUAUUUGUGCGUGUUAACUGAUCUCCCUAUAUUAAUACAUGUACAACAAGUGAAAUGACAGAGAGUGCUGAGUUGUGGUAAAGACUGUGAUCAAGUUUUCUCUUGUUACACAGUUUCGUGCAAGUAAUCAUAAUAUGUGCAAUUGAAAUUCCUAACCGCUCGUAAGCAUAUGCGAACAGUACUUUUAAUUUAUUCAUUUCCUCUUAUCCAAGUUACUCGGAGUAAAGCUGUUGACCUACAGAAGAAACAGACAUCUCGCUCUGUAUUUCAGUGUUACGUAUUUGGACCACCAGGCGUUGGAAAGGUACCACCCUGUUGAGUUAAAUUUUACAGCAGUAAUUGUACCGUCGAACAAACGGCUGUAGAAUAACUCUAAAAUUAUCACCACUAAUCGGCGUUACCAUCAGCGCCUUUGUUUGGAGGCUUGGCAUAUUAACUCCGCCCACACUCCUUUAAAUCGUGACCAUGGCGGCUUGCUUCCUGACGCCUAUUCACACCUCGUCAGAAAAAAGGCAGCUAAUUAGUGAUCAUAUAAAAGGAUCUCUUGUUGCAGCGUUUAGAUCACCCCUGAUGAAGGCACUAGACAGGAGUGUUGAAACGUUGAGUCUAUAAAUUGUAACUUCUUCGGUUACAUUCAUUAAAUCUGUAAACCAGAGUAGCAUCAAACCAUGUCUGGCCGUUACGGUUGUUUGCGCGCGUCGCUGAGAAUGCGGUGAUUUUUCGUGAUGCUUCAUCUUCAUCAGAUUUUUUUGUUUUUAUUUCUACAGACGUCCUUCCUUCAAGCAUUUUUAGGGCGAACCCUUGAGGUGAGGGUGCCAUGAAUUUCCAUUCCUUCCCUUCCAUUAACUUGCAGAAACACUCAGACUACAUUUACAGACACCAAGGACAAGUCAUGCAUUCGAUUAAGUGUUCUUGUUACCAGGCCUUGGCAAACCGUCAGGUGAAGCCCGGCUUGUCUCGGUUGAUGCAAUACUGGGAUGAAAGUCUUCUCAGUAAACAAACACAGAAUGCAGCUCAGUGACGGAAGCUGACCAUCACUUUCAUGUAGCGCCUCUUAAAGGUGUCUGUGCUGUUAAGAGACUCGCCCCUUGUUUAUGGUAAUCUUUCCACUCUGGAAAACUUCACUAAGUGCUAUAGGAAUAAACGAAAAAAAAAAGUCGUUUAUGCUUCUUGCAGUUUCUUUCAUAUCCUACUAUUCCCACCACCAAAUUACCUUUGUUUCUUUUUAUUCUUAGCCUGGCGAGUCAGAAAAGGAAUUGUCGAAUUAUGCCAUUAAUCUACUAGAGGUGAACAGGCAAGAAAAAUACCUAGUGGUGAGUAGAAGGACUGAACUUCUUUAAAAUUGCGUUAUAUCGGCACACUCAAGUAGAUAAGGUGUUGUCUUUGAUGCAGGUUUACUAAUAAAUUCUGUCAGGUGGAGGAAACCUUGUAAGCGUCAGACGGACGAGUUCCCUUUUUGUGAAUAUGGUUGACUAUUAUUGUUGUCACUCUCAGUGUCUUUAUCACGAAUUGAUUUUUAAUUCGUGAAAACAAUUUGUAGAUCUCCUUUGUAAGGGCGAAAUAUUUCCAACGGAUUGAUGGCCGUCCUCCUCCCAGCAGGUGCCCAAUAGUCAUUUUCAUGAUCAGCCGCUUUGAUAAACAUAUUUUCUAUGGCAGUUUGUUUCAAGUUUAUUCGCUGAUAUUUCUGAUUUCAUUUCUUUUUUAUUUACUUCAGUUACGUGAAAUCGAAUGGGAAAAUUCUGGAUUUCUGUUGCACGACAGACGAUGUGAUGUGGCCUGUUUUCUUUAUGACUCGUCGGAUCCAGCUUCGUUUACACAAGUGGUACAACUGCGAGAGGUAAUAACUAUAGCUUGGCACUAAUAAUGUAAAACUCCAGAUUUACUGUGGAUUUGCCGCUUCCAGUAACUGAUGUGCAAAAAAUAUUACAAACAUGCAAAAGGCUUCAUUUUGUACUCGGGGGUCUUAAUUCAGUUUUUCACGUAAAAUGACAAUGUCUACGCAUCAAAUUAAUGCAUAUUGUGAUAUUUUCUAAAUAACUGGGUACGUAUUUGUCGGUAGAAUCUGAUAUGUUAGUCUUAAUAAGUUUCGGUGUCCUUUAUGAACCGAUUCAAGUUUCAUGAGGAAGUAAAUAUUUACCGCCAUGGAUACUUGGUGCGUAAUACAGGUCUGUAGUACUACUGAGGAGCGUCUUACAAAGGGUGUAAAACAAAAGUCAAAAACUUAAUAAGAUUAUGACUACGAUUUAUCUUUGUGUGUUUCCAGAAACUUCCCAAAACAGUUCCUUGUAUGUUAGUCGCUGGCAAAAGUGAAGGCGUUGCAGCUAAACAGGUAAUAAAUUCCAGAAUUUUCUUUCUGUAAAGAAAUUUGAUCAGAACUGGGAUAGAGGAAAUAAAUCACAAUUGAUGUGUGAAUAGCAAGGCUGACACAUGGUGUAUUGCAUUUUUUUGUAGGAUUUUGAAAUGCAGCCGUCUUUGUACUGCUCGUUAAACAAGUUACCGCCACCUCAGGUUAGUGAUCAUUUGGAUUUCAAGUGAAAGCUAACGAUUGAAACUGUUCGUGUAGAGUUGUCUUCUCUUGACUUACUUUUACAAAUCUUUCAGUUUUGAACAACUAUUAGGAAGACUUUGUGAGCCAUCGAGAAAGCUAUGAGAAUAGCAAUGAGCCUCUUUGAAGAAGGGUUUCUUUUCAAAUUAGCCUAAAAUUAACAACUGUUUUUGUUUGUGUUCAUUUUGCAGCCAUUUUCAUCCCUUAACAGACCAGACAUACACAGAGCUAUCUACGACAGCCUCGCCCAAAUGGCCGUUUAUCCGUAAGUAAAGUGGAUCAUAUGCUAAUGGUAGUUGUUAAAGGGGAGCAAAACUCUUAAGUCAUGAUUUGCUAACUUGGCUGUAGUAGUUCUAGUACACUUGACCGGUUCGUCAAGUAUGGUAAUAGGGUUUUAAAAAUAAAGGUAAAUACAAAGAAACAUGGCAGUCCCCGAAUUCUCAGUUAGCAGGGAAAGUUCAUAACAUGUCAUAACAUGCAGGCCAUCCUGGAGAUGAGGUAACUGACAUCUCCAUUGUCUGUGUUAGUUUCUCGGUUGUUUGAUAGAAAAUGGACUGAAUUCUCGUUUCCUCCCUCGCUCACAUUGCUUCUUCGCUCGUCUUUACAAAAUGACUGUCUGGGAGAGGCAAAGAUCUUGAAAUACCUAGCGUUGUUGUUUUUUGUUUCGUAGGCACCUCUGCGGCCCUAAUGCAGACAGUGUGACGUCAUAUUGGAUUAUGGCAGGCUUAACAGCCGCGCUCGUAGCAACCGCUGGAAUAGUGGUGUUCAGAUACUUGAAAAAGGGAGGUUCGACCACGUGACAAGAAACCAAGCGUAUUAGGAAUAUAUACUAACAAGGCGUUUAUUUUGCCUUUGUAUUGGACCACGGAGUUCAAAAUGUAAAGAGGUUCUAAAUUGAAAAACUAUAAGCCAAAUGUGGAAACAAGAGGAUCAAUCAUAACAAAGUGGACAUAUUUUUAUUUUCAAUGGAAUUGUAAAAGUUUCCUUUUUACCCAUUAUUGUAGUAAUGUAGGAGUUUGUGAUGGGAACAAUUUUUGUGAAUCUCGAUCUUUAGCUCGGUUAAUUCUCGUAUUUGAAACAAAAACUAGGAUUGUUUGAAUUUGUUUUUUCCUUGCGGACAAGUUUCAUUAAGGAGUUCUUCCUUUGUCCGUAGCUGUGUAAUAUCGUCUAACAACGUUUAAAUACCUGUUGUCCAGAAACUUUUAAAAUUUAAACAUGAAAAUAUUUUAUUUUGUUUUGGCUUGAUAAUGUGGGGAGUUUUGUGACGGAACACGUAGAAAUGUUCAGUUCUCGCUUUCACAAUCUCUUGUCCUCGCAGAUCAGAUAAGUAAUUCUCUCUUUUAGCUGUUACACAUACCUUGGUAAGUCAUACGAGAAUCUGGUGUUAUAACAAAAUUACACCCUUAAGCUAGCAAGUUUGAAAUGUAUCGAAAUUGCAAAAUGUCAACACUCAUUUUUUUCGCUG